AUGGAAUCGCCGGAAAUCCUCAGAAGGCUGAAGGAAGUCGCUACCCGCUCCAAGGAGCUUGACUCAAAGCUCCAGGAGACCAACCACUCUUUUGAAUACUGUGCAGAUGCCGUCUCGGAAAUGGAGGUCGUCUCAGACAAGGUUGCAAAGGUCUUUGCCCUCUACAAGGACCUUGUUGAUCUGCUGAACAAAUACAAUGCCUCUUGCUGA